GCAAGAUGAAACAGCUAGAAUGAGUCCACAGACGGCUGGUACGGGGCUAGCUAGCUAUGAACCUGCUUCCCAAUCACCGCUCCAGAGACGCAGGGCCUCGUGGUCGAGUUAUGCCGAUAGGCCCACAAAAGCUCUGCGCUGCAAUGGGUUUGUCCUCGAUGAAGAAGAUGUCAGAGAGGCCAGGAAUAUUAAUGGCGGUAUUGUUGUCGCUUAUCUCUGUCGCUGGACGCACAACGGGCAGGAAUGCGGCAUGCACGUUAUGGGCGAUCGCACGCGAUUUGCAAGGCAUAUACAGAGGUGGCACAGGACACACGUGGCACAAAGUCAGAGGCAGGUCCCUUGUCGCUGGGGCGGCUGUGGCAAGGAAAUGAAGAGAGAGAACGUUGUCCGACAUCUCAUCGUCACCCAUCUCAAGAUGAAAUGGCGCUGCUCGGUGUGUCGCACCAAGCUAUCUCGCGAUGAUGCCUCUGCGAGGCAUUUCGAACGCGUGAAAUCCUGCAGGCAUGGUGUUGCUACAGUUGAAAGAGGCCCGGAAGCGCAGGAGGUGAAUGUUUCCGAAGGGGUCGAGUUCUAAUCAAACCUCACAUUAAUUGCUUGGCGAGUUUGGUGGGUCAUCAUUUCAAGCGAACGAUGAUUCUAUAUAUGCCACACGGACAGCGUUGGCUAAUAUUUGUGGUUCCU